AGAUCGACAAUGAUGGCAGGGAAUGGACAGCUGACAGUUCCUCCAGGAUUCCGAUUCCACCCAACAGAUGAAGAGCUUCUCUACUAUUAUCUAAGGAAGAAGGUCUCCUAUGAAGCCAUCGAUCUUGAUGUUAUCAGGGAGGUGGAUCUCAACAAACUCGAGCCAUGGGACCUUAAAGAGAAAUGUAGAAUAGGAUCGGGGCCUCAGAACGAGUGGUAUUUCUUCAGCCAUAAGGACAAGAAAUAUCCAACCGGAACGCGAACCAAUAGAGCAACAACAGCUGGUUUUUGGAAGGCAACGGGGAGAGACAAAGCCAUCCACCUCAGCAAUGCCAAAAGGAUUGGGAUGAGGAAAACCCUUGUGUUCUACACUGGUCGUGCUCCUCAUGGCCAAAAGACUGACUGGAUCAUGCAUGAAUAUCGCCUUGACGACGAUAAUGGCGCCGAGGUUCAAGAAGAUGGGUGGGUAGUCUGUAGGGUUUUCAAGAAGAAGAAUCAGUGUCGAGGUUUCCAACCAGAGGGUGGUGCUCAAGAAGAACACUUCACUCAUACUCAUCAUAUGAAGGCAAGUGGUUCUGCCCCAAUACAAAACCAUCUACAAGGGCUAUACGAUUACACCUUUGAUGGGCAAACUCACCUCCCACAGUUGUUCAGUCCAGAGUCAGCAAUAGCCCCAUCCUUCAUAUCACCUGUCUCUUUGAACACCAUGGACAUUGAGUGCUCUCAAAACUUGCUCAGGCUAACAACAGCAGGCGGCGGCUGUGGGCUGAUGCAGCAGGAGAGGUUCCAUGGUGACUGGUCUUUCUUGGACAAGCUCCUUGCCUCUCAUCAUCAGAGCAUGGAUCAGCAGCACCCACAGAGUAAAUGCAACCCUUCAUCUCAUGUCACUGAUCAUCAUCAUGUGGGUACCUCAAGUCAGAAAUUCCCAUUUCAGUACCUUGGCUGUGAGAGUGACAUUUUGAAAUUUUCCAAGUAA